AUGUCGCCGCCAGCUCAGGUGCAGACGUUCGUGCUAGGCGAUUUCAACUUCUCCUUGCCUGGCGAUUGCAUUCAUGGCGCGGCGGGGGAAAUUUGCCUGCCUGCGCCAGACGGCGACCCCUGCUCCUUCGAGGCGCUCUCCCCCGAAAUUGUUGAGGUCUCGGCGCCAUCUUGGGCGACGAAGCGCAUGCUCUACCCCGCUGCGCGUCAUCAUAUCAUAGCCGGCAUCGAUGUCUCGGAAUACCUGCCCACAAACAUUCAGGAUAUUAAAGAGCGCAUGCAUCUGGCAGUCUCUGGAGCCAUGCGACAAACGCGGCGUUUCCCGCCCGAAUCUGCAUCGCAGUGCCUGUCCUGGCUGUUCACAGCGAGUCGGGCUAUGCACGCUGGCAAGGCUGCCACCGCCAGGCCUGCAUGUAAGGUCAUCCCGAAGCUUGCCGACUUCACCGAUCCGCACGCCGUUCAGUGGAUCGACGGGCAGGGCUGCCGCGACAACAUGGGGGAAGUGGCCGGGGGCCCUGAUGGGCGCUGCUAUUCCGCUUGGAAAUAUGUUGGCACCUUCGUGAUCCGCGCCCUCUACGACCUCCUCCAGCGCUCGCAGUCUGGAGCCCCGCUAGCGCAGCCUGCCUGCGGUGGCCUCUCGCUCUCGCCGCGGCGGGAGCGACCAGUGGCCAGAAAGUCGGUGGGGCGCGAGGGGCUGCAGCUCGCACGCCAGUGGCGAGCGGACCGACGCGAGCGCCUGAGGAGGAACCUGGACUGGUCCAGGUAUCACCUGCAGGUCUGCUUCGUCGAUGCCUGCGAGCCCUCGUUCGCCGAGGCGCGCCUCAGCACCUUCUUCUUCAAGCGCGCCUGCAGGGCGCGGGGCGACCAGCACGUGCUGUGCUGCGAUGCCGGCGGCCUGUGCCCGGCUCUCGGGGCGAGGGACGCGGGCGCCGCCCGCGCGAUCUGCCAGGUGCCCGGAGUCAGCGACGAGGAGCUCGGCCUCCUCGCCGAGCCGCUUGAGCAAUUCGAGCUGCGCCACAUGGAGGGGUCUGUGUCAUGCUUCGUUCCCCGACACGUGGACCUGUACGACGUGGUGGUGGCGGCGAACGAGGAGAGCUACGAGGCGCUGAGCGCGCGCCUGCACGGCCGCGGCGCCAGCAGCGAGCACCUGUGCGCGCUCGGCGACUUCCUGGACGCCCACGACGCCCUGCAGGCCCAGGAGGCCGCCGAGGGCCUCCCCGUGGCCUCCCCCGGCCGCAUGGCCCCCGGCUUCGCCACGCGGGAGGCCAUCGAGGCGCUCCGGGAGGGCAGGCUCGAGCCCGGGCCCCUCCGCGGCGCGCCCCCGCGGCGGCCGGUGGGCGAGCUGCUGGGCGGGCUGCCGCGGGAGUGGCAGCCGCUGCUGGACGCCGCCUCGGACCUCGGCGUCGCGGAGGGCCUGCUCGAGGGCGGGCGGGGCGCGGACGCGCGGCGGACGAUGGGCUCGGUGCUCCGCUCCGCCGUGGGCCUGCACCGGUGGCUGAUGGCGAGCAUCCCCGCGGACAUGAAGUGGUGGAACGACGAGGCCGUCGGCGUCCAUGCCGGCCAGCGCCGGCUGCAGUACGGCAGCGGGGGCGGCUGGGCCGACCAGUUGCUCGGAGGGAUCGGCGACAGGCUCCAUCAGCAUCUCCAGCAGCAUCUCCAAGGGAGCCUGCUGGGCAACCUCCUGGGCGGCGGAGGGCUGGACCCCUACGGGCAGCAGCAGGCCCCGUACGGGCAGCAGCAGGCCCCGUACGGGCAGCAGCAGGACCCCUACGGGCAGCAGCAGGCCCCGUACGGGCAGCAGCAGGGCCCGUACGGGCAGCAGCAGGCCCCGUACGGGCAGCAGCAGCAGGCACCUGUGGACGACGAGCCCUGGAUGAUCGGAGGCAUGUUCCUGGAGAAUUUUGCGACGGUCUUCGACUUCGACCAGGGCGUGAUGGGCUUCGCGGAGCCAGCUGGGUCCCGCCGGCUCGCGCAGGCACCCGAGGGCGCAGCAGGAGCCCGCGGGCGGCCGUCGCCACGCGGAGGUGCUGGUGUGAUAACACGCGGCCUGCCCGCCGGGGCCCCCCCACGCCGCGGAGGCACCGCAGGAGCCUCCGGACCUCCGGCGUCUUUCGGGGAUCCCCAGACCUCCGUCUUGAUCGGCAGCGAGUCGUGGCAGCCCAGGUAUUUUUAAGUCCGUCGUUGGCGUCGACUGGCGUCGAUCCGCGCCGAUGAGCGUGUGACGCGGUCUGCCCGCCUGGCCCCCCCCCAUGCCGCGGAGGCAUUGCAGUGCAAGGCGGAGAGUCCCUCCACCAGCGAAGCAGCUCGAGCGCAUACAGUUUCUGCCCGGGCGCGGGCGACCCCCGCACCGCUGCAUCCGUGCAUCUGUGCAUCCCGCCCCGUCCGCUCGGCAACGCCCCGCGUUGCCGAGCUGUGAGCAGGUUGCGGAUGCUUUGACGGGUGUGCCUUCAGCCGUUUUCAUCUCCACCCACGUACCUCAAUUCGCUUUUUGGGGGGGGGAAUGGAUCGAUCAAUCUUUUUAUUUGGACAAUGGCGGAGCCAUUGGGCCGCUUUUUCAGUCAUUGUCGUAGAUUUAGGUGGAAGCUUGUGCACGGGGAGCUGUUGGCAUAGUCUCUGCCACUAUGACCUGCCCCUGCCCAAGCCCAGUCGUGGUGCGGCAAAGACCGUCGAAGGUAUAUUGACCUACCAAAGUGUCUUUCGCAUAACCAGAUCUUCAUCAUUAUGUUCUGGAAUGCCAUUCACUGUUGCAUCACCUCUUCAUGGCUAGCCGUCAUAGUAGAGGUGCACAUAGCCUGCGGGAGGCCAUCGCGUGCUUCUGUGUCUUGCCCAUCAUCGCUGUCCCACGC